AUGUCAAGGAUCUUUCUAGCGGCCUUCUCAUUGCUAUCUCUGGCAGUGCAUGCAUACCCACAAAACAUCACUAGCGCUGGCGAAGAAGUAAAGGCAGUUUAUAUCUCGAAUUGGACUUCUUCUGAUGCUGCUAAUCUAAGCAAUCUCGAAUGGAUAGAUAUCACCAAGGACCCAAGUCGUGCAAAUCGAAUCGGCGAUGAUCACUGCAUGAUUGUGAAAGAGGUCACAGUCACAACUGAUAGCCGUGGAACUUGGUGGACGGACUGGUGUCGAGUUGGCGGCUUGGAAACAAAUAGACGGGGAGAUUCCAUCGGUAUCUCACAAUCGCAGCAGCAGUCUACGACCCUUCACGCCGGUAUUACUAUUACAACUCCGAUGAUCUCCUCGCUUAAGGCUACGAUUGGAUAUACAGUCACAAACACAGUCGGCUGGGGGAAAAAUAUAGGUUGCGAGAAUCAAGAUGGUGUUCGGCACGGGCUCUGGCUGCAGGAAAACUUGGGUUGGGCUUGGCAGACCAUUACCGAGUCAUUUAGUCAAACUGGACCUAGCUGGUGUUCACGCGCUCCUGCUCCCUACGUUUAUCGCGCGCAGGUCAAUUGGCCUGACCCAAACAAAUACGGAUCACGCGAGAUACAUUACAUUUGUGAGUGGGAUAGUGUAGGAGGGAGAUUAUGCAAUUUCUGGGAUCCGCAUCAUAUUUGAGUGCCGAUAGUGUCUGUGACAAUAGAGGAUACUGAGCUCUGUGAGAUCUAUCAGAGAUGA